AUGAGAAAGAAGCGGCAGAAUGCGGCAACGACAUCGUCGCGGCGGCCUUCUACGGUCACCUCGGCGGGGUCCGGCACCUGCUGCGGAGGGACCCCGGCGCCGUGGCCGCGACGGACGUCGACGCGGAGGGACCCCGGCGCCGUGGCCGCGACGGACGUCGACUGGGGCGCCACCGCGCUGCACCGGGCGGCGUACGGCGGCCACGUGGAGAUGUGCUGGGUACUGCUGGCGGCGGGGGCCGAGGUGGACGCCGGGGACGACGAUGGCAGCACCCCGCUGCAUUUCGCGGCGAACAACGGCCGCGUGGAGGUGGUGAAGCUGCUCGUCGAGGCGAAAGCUUCCGUGACUGUGAAAGGCAGGAAUGGCCAGACUCCAUUGGACGAUGCACGAAGCAAGGGCCACGAUGAAGUUGUGAAGAUUCUUGAGAAUGACGCAUGA